UUUGGUUCUCAUUCACUUUGUUGAUAUAAAUAUUUAUUUUAAAUUAAAUACCUUAGUAAGCAAGCAAAUCAUAUCUAGUGUAAUAAGUUCAAGUAAGUCUUGUGAUAGGUACCGGCUGUAUUAAACUAAGAUUAAAAUCAGUUUUGUACUAUCUAUCGCACACAAUAAAAUUACUUUGUAAACAAAGUUAUUCACAGAGAUUUAAUAUAAAUAUUAUAACGAAGUAUACAAAAACCUGCUUUAUAGCUCUAGUCGGUAUAUAUACGCUGCACAAAAACAUAACCGGUCAGUUUCCUUGUAUCGCGUCCCGCGUAGGUACUAAAUAAGAACAAGUCGCGCAGGCAAUUUGUGAUUAGUUUUAAAAAUGCUUAGCGCCUGACAGAACUCGUUAAAAAGACAAACAAUCGUGUAAAAUAGUGACAAAAAAUAUUCUUAGUUCGUGUUUCAAAUAAUAAUAUGCAUUUAAUAGUGAAACUAGUGUUUUGUGUGGCUUUGUGCUACGGGCAAACUUUGUUACAAGAACCACUCGAAAAUAAUACAGGCCUUCACAAUGAGUUGUCCGAACGGAUCGGAAACUUUUCCAUUGAAGUGUUAUUUCACACAUCGAAGACAUUAGGCAAUGACCAGAAUUUUAUUAUGUCUCCUAUCACAGUUUGGAGUGCGAUGGCCGUUAUUGCUGAAGGUGCGUCGGGGAAUACGAGGAAUGAAAUCAACAACGCUUUGCGGCUGUCUCUCCGCGUAAGAGACAACACGCGCAUCGGCUUCCGAAACAUAACCCAGUGGCUUCAGGUGAACACCAACACUGUUAAACUAGCUAAAAUAAACGCCAUAUUCGUCGACAGAGAUCGCCUUCCUCUGCCAGACUUUCAGGACACAGCAAAGUAUUUUUACCAAACAGAAAUGAUCACACUGGACUUUAAAGACAGCGAUAAAGCAGCUAGUCUCCUGAAUUCAGCUGUUUCAAACUUCACGCACGGAAAAAUCCCCAACUUGGUGGACCCCAGCUACUUCCAGGACACACAGAUGGUGUUGACCAGUGCUCUGUACUUCAAAGGCCAGUGGACUGUUCCCUUUAACUCCACAUAUACCACAAAAAUGCCAUUCUUCAACAGCAAUGGAGACAAGAUUGGAGAAGUGAACAUGAUGUCUAACAGAAACAACUACCCAUUUGCAAACAUUGGGCAGUUGCAAGCCAGAGUCAUAGAAUUACCAUACGGCAAUGAAAACAGACUUUCAAUGCUCAUCAUGCUGCCAAACAGAGGGGUCUCCCUAGAAGACAUGUUUGCCAACUUCAAAAAUGUUAACUUAGAUGUAUUGUUUGAAGAAUUAAGAGUGGCUAAAGAACAAUAUUCAGAGGAUCAAGUGGAUUGCUUCAUUCCUAGAUUCAAAAUUGAGUCAGACUUGGACCUGACUAAUGUGCUUAAAAAUCAGUUCGGUAUUAUUGACCUGUUUGACCCAGCUCAGGCUAAGUUGCCUCACAUGGCUCGAACACCAAUGUAUGUAUCAAGAGUUAUUCACAAGGCUGAGAUUGAAGUCACCGAGGAUGGUACUGAAGCUGCCGGUGUAACGGUAGCCGAGUUCAGCAACCGCAUUGGAGUAGUACAGUUUCAAGCUAACAGGCCAUUCACAUAUAUUAUUGUAGAAAAAGUAACUAAUUCUAUUGUUUUCGGUGGAUUUUACAGACAGCCAUCAGUGUAUUGAAAAUAAAAAGGUUUAAACACAAAUUUUGUAUGUGCAAACUAAGUCUACAAUUCUACUUAAAACUUCUUGGUUGUUUAGAAAAAAAAAAACUUAAUUCUCUAUUCAAAAUUUGUUAUAUUAUUUGUUUUUGAACACCAAAUGAUACAAUUUUCUUUGUUAUUAUAAUAUUCAAACAAAUACUUUUAACUUUAGUGACCAUGUUACAUAGAUAUUACAAUAAAUACAACUUAUCUAUGAAACAAGUUUAACAAGAUACUGAUUUGUUUGACCUUUAAUGGCAUCAGUAUAAAACAUGUGAGCUGAGCACUAUUCAUACAAGAAAACAUUAUGAUUAAGAUUAACUUUGUGGUUUUAACAUGAUCUAAUGAUUAUUUAAUUCAUUUAAUGUCUUUUGUGUUUGGAAUAACACAUAAUUGAUAUUAGAAUUUUUUUACCCACCAUUAAGUCACAAUACUAAGUGUUAAUUUAAUAAGUUCAUGCCACAGAUUAGAUAAAGAGUUCAGUAUGUCUGUCGAUUUUAAUUUUUAAUAAUCUUGGUGUUCUUAUUUUCAACUGCAAACAGGAAACUUUAACAAUUGUUAAUAUAAUGCUCUCUUAUGUAAAUAAGUUAUUUUGUUGUGUUAAAACAACAUGUGAUGGAUUUGAGCGGGAAAAUUAUAUUUUCCUCAAUGACUUAGCAUAAGUAGGUACAGACAAUAAUACAAUUCAUUGGAAAUAUUGAUUGGUUAUUUGAACUGAAACAGACUGCCCUCAUGCGGGAUUUUACAAUAGUAAAUUGUCCUUAAUAUAGGUACUUUGUGGCAUCAUAACAUAAUAUCUGUUUGUUAGUUCUAAGUGAUCAUUAUUGUUCUUGAAUCGUUUUUUAGUUGUUGUUUUUUAUAUAAACAGGUUGUGUUUUUAACAUAUGUAUAUUUAAAAAUCUUUGUAGUAACUAUUUUGAAAGAAUUCUCGUUUUCUUAAAACUUGUUCUUGAUCAAGUCUAUGCAUAAAUAUCAGUUUGAAAACUUGAUAUUCAAAUUGUUAAGAAAAUAUUGUCAGUCGCAAAUAUAGAAUUGUUAAGUUUAAAAAUUACCAUUGCUAUGCUUGGUAAACUUGGGAAAAGGUGCCUAUAAUCGCUAUUUUUUAAAUAGGCUCGGUUGAUACGUUUUAUUUAUUUAGAUCAUUACUUCUUGUACAUUGUUAUUAAUAUUAAGAGACAUUGAUCUCCAUGAAGGCAGUCUAACACCUAAGUCAUCUUAGAUAGUUUCUUUAAAUAUUGUGAUCUAUAGAAACGAAAUUACUUUUGACAAUCUCAAAAAUUUUAUUAAAAUUAUUUUUCGUACACAUUUGUAUUUUUUUUAACUGUUUUGUCUGUGAUAGUAUAAGAUCUGUGAUAAUUUAAAUUUGAACUGAACGAAAUUCGUUUUAAGUAAUUUAGUGAUAGUGAAUAAAUUAGUAUGAAAACAAA